CCCCCCCCACCCCAACUCACUGUAACUAUCUCCAACCCUUUUUCCUCAACCCUUUACCAAAUUUUCGGGGCUUUUUUCUCCAACUAAACAAUGAAGAAUGAGCGGAUAUUUAUAAGGGGAGAUUUAGGGCAGAAAGAGGGGGAAACCGAUUGAAUUUGAAUUUCAAAUUUGAAUUCUCUUUAAGGAAUAAGGUUACCAGCUCGAAAAAUUGUAUACCUCUUCAGCAGACUAAUAAUCGCAGUCGUUCGAUUUCUAAUGAGAGGACAAAGGCGAUGGGAUAUCUCGACACCUGGAUUCCGUGCAAACGGAUAAGGAGAGAGGGAGAGGACGACGCCCUAGGCUGCUAGACUCACGCUCUGAUUUUCAUUUGGAGUUGGACGCGAUUUUUUUCGUUAUUUAUGACCACUCAUAAGCAUAAACCCACACGAAUAUUUUUUUCUUUGCUAUUUAUGCCCCUAAAACCCACGCACUAAUAUUUUUCUCCAGUCGGUCUUCUAUCUUUGUGACCUUUCUUGCUCGGCUAUCUCUCACUCUCAACAAAAAUACAAGCCAGAGAGAGCUUCUCUCUUCGUGUUUGGAGUGAGUUGUCGAGCUCCUUUUACCUCUCAGUUCCAUAACUGAACCUCCGUCGAUUGCCAAGUGCGACGUUUUCAGGGGUUUGUACCCUUCAUUUUAAUCUUUACCUUUUUUUUUUGGACUAUUUGACAUCCUAUAUUGGAAAAGCAAUGAGAUAAGGAUUUGAGCAAUUUUGAUUUCGGAGCUCAAGGUUUAGAGAUUCAAGUUCUGCCAUGGAAGCCGCUAUUCUCUGUUCUUAUACACCGCUUUCCACAACGGCGGACCUUAGGAUUCGAGCAGGAAAGUUUGCUGGAUGUAAUCUCCACUUCUAUAAUUUGCCACUGAACAGAAUACACAUUCCUCUCAAGUUAAAAUUUUCUGAAUCGAGUAGAAGGCACUUUUCUUCACGCAAGGGGCUGAUAUUGUCUCAUGGAAAGAAAGAAUUGUCCAGCUAUUUCACCCAUCAACUUUCAAGCGACUAUACAAGUAUCAGGGCAGCAUCAGGAGAAACACUACAUUAUGGACAGUCUUCAUCAGUGAGUGAAGAUGAGGGAGUGUCACUAACAUCUACAGAUGCCAACGAAUGUGUGUCUUUGCAGCCUAAGCAGAAGCAAUUUAGAAAUAGAUUCUUGAACUUUGUAAGACUGGGUUCCGUUGUUGAUAAUGCUGCUGAGUCUUUUUUCAAGAGUGAGAUAAGGAGAAGGCUGUUUAUGACUGCCAUCUUAAUUGUCAUUAGUCGUAUAGGAUAUUUCAUUCCUCUUCCAGGAUUUGACAGGAGGUUGAUUCCAGAAGACUAUCUCAGCUUUGUCUCGAAAUCAGUUGAUCAACUGGGUGAUUCCACUCCAGAACUUAAACUUUCUCUUUUCCAACUUGGGGUCAGUCCUCAGAUAGCGGCAUCCAUUCUUAUGCAGGUAUUAUGUCACGUUCUUCCUUCUUUAGUGAAGCUGAGAAAAGAGGGCUUAGAUGGGCAUGAGAAGAUCAAGGGUUAUAUAUGGUGGAUCUCGCUUGGUUUUGCAAUUUUGGAAGCUCUUAUUCUCUCUUGUCACUCACUUCCAUAUUCAAUAUAUGCUGCCAAUCAUAGGGUUAAGCAUGUGUUCAUGACUAUGUCUCUUUUAGUUUCUGGUGCAAUGACUAUGUCAUGGAUCUGCGACAAAAUAACAGAGUCUGGAUUUGGUCAAGGAUCAACUUUGAUUAUUUGUGUGGGCAUUUUGACUGGCUAUACAGAUACAUUGCAGAAAAUGUUAACUCAAAUAUCAGAAAGUAGUGGGAACUGGUGGCUCUAUGUACUUGGAGUACUGGGUGUUUUUACUGUCGUUACAAUGUGGGCUGUCGUUGUGAGUGAAGGGUGCCGGAAAGUUAAGCUGCAGUAUUAUGGUUUCAGAGUUGCUUCUGGUGCAAGAGAAGAUUCUCUAGUUCCAGCCGUGGAGCCUUAUAUCCCAUUCAACAUAAAUCCAGCAGGAAUGCAGCCUAUCCUUGUUACCUCUUAUCUGUUGGCACUUCCCGGCAUUCUUGCAAGUCUUCUUGGUUCAAGGUUUUGGGAACACAUUAGAGACGCUUUGAAUCCUGACACUUCACAUGGCGCAGAUCCAUGGGUUUACUAUACAGUUUAUGCUUUCUUUGUCUUUCUCUUCAACAUAUUUGACAUUGCAAACAUGCCAAAAGAAAUUGCUGAUUACUUAAACAAGAUAGGUGCUAGAAUUCCGAGUAUAAAGCCUGGAAAAGCCACAAUUGCAUAUUUGACAAAGAUUCAAGCUUCAACGCGAUUCUGGGGUGGUCUGUUAUUAAGUGUUUUGGCGACUACAUCCUCCAUUCUAGACCAUUAUUUGCGGCGCAUCAAUGAAGGAUAUGCAAUAGGAUUGACAUCAGUGCUAAUAAUUGUAGGUUCAAUUAUUGAAUUGAGAAGAUCUUAUCAAGCAUAUAAUGUAAUGCCAAGUCUAAGUAUGGCUUUGAAGCGUUAUGGUGUAUGAGAUUGGAGUGUGGCUCUAUUCGAGUAAAUGGGAUUCAGUUCUUGCUUGCAUCAUUGGUUCUGAGAAUAUAUUGCAUAGUCUAGGAUGUUCUUGAGCGAAAACUUAACUGCCAGUCAACUUUUAAAACUUGGAAGAUCGAAGAUAUCGCAAUCAGUCAACUCUUCUCGGUGAAGACACAUUUUCCAUAUGUAGCAAGCAAUAACCCAUCCUUUGGCUGACAACACAAUUCAUCUGCUUCCUGAAAUUGUGUUUCCAGGAUACAGGAUAACUAGCAUGAAAUAGCUGAAUUUAGACAAAGGCAAGCAUGACACGGAGGGUUUAUCGAUUUGUUUACAGGGCAUCAUCAUUUGUCUUUCUUACGUCCCAAUGUUGCCACAAACUGAUGAAGUGAUGUCUGAGCGUUAAUAGAGUUCAAGAUACCUGCAGAAUACGCGUGUUCACCUUGUAUAUAAUUACAUUUUUUUUUAACAAUACUGUAGAUGGCCAAGUUAUGGCAUGAAGCAAGUCUAUUCUUCUCUUGGCAUGCAAAACAGGAUGUGAUUUUGCUAUAUUUUUGAGGGGUAUGUUUACAGUCUGCUUGUGUUUGUUGAAACGUGUACAUCAGUGUGAGGUUUUAACCAUAUUUACGCGCUGAGCACUAGUCUGUACGAAAAAUGUUCCUUUCUUUUCUCUCUAUUUAAUGGAGUUAGAAACAUUGCAAUUA